CUUCCAUAGUAUUUGAGCUCAUUAAUUCGUGUUCUUCUUACCUCAUGAAGUGUAGGUGCUUGCGUUGAGUUUUACGUGUUUGUGCGUUAUUAUAAUAAGAAAAAUAUUUCGUUACAACAAGAGCAAAAUGGAACACAUGUAAAAAGUGACAACUUCCUUCCUAUUAGACCACUAAGCGAUUCAUGAAAUUUGGCCCAAAAACGAAAAGAAGAUGGAGAAUAACUUAAGCCGUAGUGGGAGUCGAUCGAGCUCGGUUUGUGAGUUAGAAAAGGACCUGAGUGAAAUGGAAAUUAUAAAAAAUAGAACGAGCCGACGUAGUAAUGUACUGCGAGCCCAACCAACCAGAAAAGCUAAACGAAUUCGAUUUUAUAGGAAUGGAGACAAAUUUUAUUCCGGCGUUAUUAUACCCGUCUUGCCAGAAAGAUAUAGGUCUUUUGAUAGCUUAACAGCAGAUUUGACAAGGGUGCUUGUCGAUAAUGUUACAUUGCCAAGUGGAGUUCGGACUAUUUAUUCUCUUGAAGGUAGAAAGAUAGGAAAGCUAGAUGAUUUAGAAGAUGGCCAAUCAUAUGUGUGUAGUGGGUUUGGUGAACCAUUCAAACGCUUAGAUUAUGAAGCAAGUGCCGUUACACCGCAGUCUUUUAGACUGAGUGGCCCCGAAUCAUUAAAUGAUAGUUCGAGUCCAUCUCCUGCACGAGCAAAUCACAGAACCCCUCGGUGUAUGCCUGCCAAUGGUAGCAGCACUACCGGUAACGGGACACCACGAGUCAGUCCUGCUGGUGAGAACGUAGUUCGACCACGAUUAGUUACUAUUAUUAGAAACGGAGUAAAGCCUCGCAAGGUGUGUCGGCUAUUGCUGAAUAAACGUAAUAGCCCGACACUCGAGCAUGCCUUGGCUGCGAUCACGGAUUGCGUGAAACUCGAUACGGGAUGUGUAAGGAAAGUUUUCACAUCGUCUGGGACUCAAGUUACAGCUCUGCAUCAAUUCUUCGACGAGGAAGAUGUGUUUUUUGCAUAUGGCAAUGAGAGAGUCAAUCAAGAAGAUUUCGAACUAGAAUUUGAAGAAAAUAAAGCCGUAUCCCAGUGCCGAAAAACUCCCAUUACAAGAAGUUCAAGGUCGGGUCCGAAGCCCCGCAUGCCCGUGAAGUGCGGGCGCGAGGCGGGGGUCUCGGCGGGCGCGGGGGCGGGCGGCGACGUUCAGCCGGACGUCGCGCCCGCAGACCCCGCCCUGCCGCACCCGCUCCGACUCAAGUACUCCGUCGGAAGCAUCAUCGGUGACGGCAAUUUUGCUGUUGUAAGGACAUGCAGAGACAGAACUACCGGAAAGGAUUACGCUCUUAAAGUUAUUGAUAAAGCGAAAUGCAAAGGCAAAGAACAUUACGUUGAGGCGGAGGUGAGAGUAAUGAGAAAACUGUGUCACCCUCGUAUUGUGUCAUUAAUAGAAGAACAAGAUAGUCCUGAAUGGUUAUUCCUUGUUAUGGAAUAUGUCAGCGGUGGAGACUUAUUCGAUAGUAUCGCGGUCGCUUCCAAAUUCUCAGAACCGCAAGCUCGUUUGCUAAUCGGCCAUUUAACAUCAGCUAUUGCAUAUCUACACUCGCUUUCCAUAGUACAUCGUGACAUCAAACCAGAAAAUCUUUUGGUGGAAGUGGGUUCGGAUGGAAGUAUCCGCGGCUUGAAACUGGCCGACUUCGGUCUCGCAGUUGAAGUUUGGAGACCACUUCAUGCCGUCUGUGGCACUCCUACUUAUGUUGCUCCGGAGAUUCUCCUCGAAACUGGAUAUGGACUGAAGAUCGACGUGUGGGCCGCGGGAGUGAUCUUAUACAUCCUGCUGUGCGGUUUCCCGCCCUUCUCGUCACCGGACGGCGACCAGGAGAAGUUGUUCGACGCGAUCCUCUCGGCGCGACUGGAGUUCCCCGCGCCGCACUGGGAGCGCGUGUCGGCCGGGGCCAUCGACCUCGUCGCCAACAUGCUUCGUCCACAACCUGAACUGCGUUUCGCCGCAGAGGACGUUCUUGAUCAUGUUUGGAUGGCGGACGACUAUGACGAGAGUUGCGACUUUCGCACGUGGUACGACGACGACUCUUCAUAGCUGUCAGACGGCCGCCGCGCGUCUGGCCCCUCGUCCUGACGGCGCGUCACAGGGCGCCGGCCGACGCUCGCACGUGUCCUUGUCUACGCCUAGGCUUUAUGAGGCUUCUGACGACAAGCGUCAGCAUCGAGCAUCAUCGUCGCACGUUAAAACCAGUGUCAAACCCAGUUGUUCGAUCUGUAGCUUAAUUCUAAAGCCUUCAAUCAUAGCAAUAUAAUUAUUAUGCCUUUCGAUACACUAACACCAAUACCAAAGUUUCAAUAUAUAUAUUAUUAACGGAAAGUACUGCAUAUAACUAUCGUGUAUUUAUUUAAAAUUGGUGCGAAACCCGGUGCAGUAUUAUAUUUUUGGUUUGAUUUUUUUAUGAUUUAGAUUUACAAAAUUCUACAACAACCUAGUUAAUUAGAUGAGUUUGGUCGUAACUUCGACCUUCACGUGGUGCAAUGGCUUUUGGCAGUGCAAAGCAAUAAUUGUAAUUUAUAAUAGGAAGCUACUUCAUAUCACCCUGUUUCAUAUUUGAUAUGUUAUAAACUACUUUCUUGUUUACAAAAAAGUACAAUAUGUUGUAGAAUCAACUAAAUCUAUGCAGUCUUAUAAGAUCUCUUUGGUUUAACUCGGAGCAGUCAAUUGAAUGAUCUAGGUUAAUGAAAUUAUAUUUAUGACAAAUGUUUUCUAUGCAAUAUUGUGUAAUAUACAAAAAUAUAUCUUAUAUAAAUGAUUUGAAUGAAUUCAUAUUUAUAGUUAAGAACUCAAGUUUCAAAUAUAUAUGAAUUGCUUGUAGUCAUGUAAUUUGCAGUCGCUGCUAUUUUUAUAUCAUAAAUCACUACAUUCCUCUAUAGAAAUGGCAAUUACAACAUACACACUACAGUUAAAUAUGAUUCUCAUAAGUUUGUAACUUAUUUUAGGAAAGAAUCCACGUCCAAAAUAAGCUUUGACAAUAAAUUACCAUUUAUAGAAUAUAUGUCAUUAAAAUAUCAUUAAUCACAUUCGAGAUAGGGUAUUUGGAUGAAAUCCAAAAAUAUGUUUAUAGAAAAAAAUGCAGCUUUUUUAUAGCUUAACACAGCCAUGCUUUUGUAGCUUAUAGUAAAAGGAACUAAACAUUUUAAGUGCCAAAUUAAUUUGAAAAUCUCAUCAAAAUUAUGCAACACAUCAACAAAGUUCCUCUCGAAUAUAAAUCACUGUUCAAUUUACAUUUAUAAAUAACAUCAAAUGCAUAGUUAACAUUGACUGAUUUACAUUCCUUCACUUACCUUUGUUACUGUACUGUGCAAUUUUUACAUUUAAAAUCAUACAUGCUUAUUUUCAUUGUAGUAAUAAAAAUUUAAGAUCUUAGAACAAUUUUAUUUAACUUGGUUGAUAAUUUUAUUUUAGUUUUAAACUUUAAUAUUAUGGAAAAUAAAAUCAGCAACUGCACUUCAUUGCAUGUCAGUGUUGAAUUGAUGCAUUUAGACAAAAAUGAAUCCCUAUCAUCUAUGAUC